AUGAACGACUUUGAUGAGUGCGGCCCGAGCGCAGCCAGCAUGUACCUGCCCGGCUGCGCCUACUAUGUGGCCCCGUCGGACUUCGCCAGCAAGCCGUCGUUCCUAUCGCAACCGUCGUCCUGCCAGAUGACUUUCCCCUACUCUUCCAACCUGGCGCCGCACGUCCAGCCCGUGCGCGAAGUGGCCUUCCGCGACUACGGCCUGGAGCGCGCCAAGUGGCCGUACCGCGGCGGCGGCGGCGGCGGCGCUGGGGGCGGCGGCGGCGGCGGGGGCGGCCCCGGCGGGGGCGGCAGCGGCGGCGCCGGGGGCUACGCUCCCUACUACGCGGCGGCGGCUGCGGCCGCGGCAGCGGCGGCGGCGGCGGAGGAGGCGGCCAUGCAGCGCGAGCUGCUGCCUCCCGCGGGCCGCCGGCCGGACGUGCUUUUCAAGGCGCCGGAGCCGGUGUGCGCCGCGCCCGGGCCGCCACACGGCCCCGCGGGCGCCGCCUCCAACUUCUACAGCGCCGUGGGCCGAAAUGGCAUCCUGCCGCAGGGUUUUGAUCAGUUCUACGAGGCUGCGCCCGGGCCCCCGUUCGCAGGGCCGCAGCCCCCUCCACCUCCUGCGCCGCCGCAGCCCGAGGGCGCUGCCGACAAGGGCGACCCCAAGACGGGAGCCAGUGGCGGCGGGGGAAGUCCCUGCGCCAAGGCGACCCCGGGCUCCGAGCCCAAGGGGGCGGCAGAAGGCGGCGGCGGCGAUGGCGAGGGGCCCCCGGGGGAGGCGGGGGCUGAGAAGAGUGGCGGCACAGUGGCCCCCCAGCGGUCCCGGAAAAAGCGCUGUCCCUACACCAAGUACCAGAUCCGCGAACUGGAACGCGAGUUUUUCUUUAACGUGUACAUAAACAAAGAGAAAAGACUCCAACUCUCUCGGAUGCUCAACCUCACUGACCGGCAAGUCAAAAUCUGGUUUCAGAAUCGCAGAAUGAAAGAAAAGAAACUGAACAGAGACCGUCUGCAGUAUUUCACUGGAAACCCCUUAUUUUGA